AUGAAUCCCAAGAUUGUGGAAGAUUUUGAAAAGUUUAUGCUUGUUCUAGACAAGUCUUUCCAAAAAUUACUGACAGUCAUCGAAGAGCUUAUGCAGGUAUGGAAGAAGACUUUUUUGAAAGAGGAUUACGCAGAAAUUCUAUUUAAAAAAGGAUACAUGCUUCAUUUUUAUUAUCUUCGCUAUUUAAACACGGUCUCCGAGAUGUGCGAAGGUUGUAAGAUUGUUUUCAGCAGCAUAAUCCACCUCUCAGGUGAACUGCAGCGAAAGAAAACUGUGGAUACCAUUAGUGUUAUCCGACUUACAAUGGAGGUUGAAAAUAUAUCCAAUGUUCUCAGAAACUUCAGCAAUGAUAGUGCCAUUAUCAAGGAUGAUACAUUUGCAUUUCAUCUGGGUAUCGUUGCAAAUGAUUUUCUAGAAAGUCUGAACCUUUAUUCAUGCACGGCGAUGGCUCUGCUAGCUAUGGGUGCCGUUUAUACUGGUUUGGAAGGGGCUUUCGUACUUGGUGCUGUUGGAAAAUGCUGUCUGGCGUAUCAAAACUCUCGAGACCAUUAUGAAAUUAGAGACGCCGUAAAAAAACUUCACGAAGAGGCCGCAACUUUAAUCGGAAAAACGCACAGAGUAAGUGUUUUAAUGAAUACAACCACUCAGUACAUAAAUGGCCUGUCUUCUUUGACAGACAAAGAUUUGAAUAACGAUGAUGUCGUUGAAGUUCAAGCAGCACAUGUAGCUAGGAUCGGCCAGAGCCUAACAAAGCGUCUAACGUCUCUUCAGCGAGCAGUACAUAAGAGUCAAGACCUCACAUCCAAGUUUAUUUGUUUUAGUGACUAUUUGUUUCAAUAA